AAAAAAAAAAAAAAAAAAAAAAAAAAAGGAUUAAUCACUGUAUGCAAAAUAUUGCGAAGAUAACUUAUACUUGUAUCUAAGCUCUUCUCUUUCUCUCGUAAAAAAAAAAAAAAAAAAAAAAAAAAAAAAAAAAAAAAAAAAAAAAAAAAAAAAAAAAAAAAACUUCUCUCUUUCAACCAUUCACUGUCGACAUUAAACAAUUGACGUAGCAGGUAUUUGAUCUUUUUCAACCAUGAAACUUAGAAUUGUCUGUAUUAGAAAAGUGUCUUCAAAUAUCCAACUUCAAAAAUAUGCCAAAUGUAAUAAGAAAAUAAAAUAAACCAACAGAAAAAACUACUCAUGCUUCAUUAUAUAAUGGAUUAAAUAUCCCAAAAAAUGGUUGAAUUGCUGAAUGGUAAUUCCAUCAAUAGCCAAGAGACAAUUAUCCCUCUUCUGGGUUGCUCAUAUCUUUGGGAAAAAGCGCCAAUUUUUGCUCGUUUUCUUCCAAACCCAGAAAAAAGGCAUGCAAGUUCUGUUCAGAUAAUUAGUGAUACUGCCCCACAAUGAUUGUUUCUGCUCUUCUGACGUCUGUUGGAAUAAAUUCCGCCCUCUGUAUAUUAUUCUUUGCACUGUACUCUAUCUUAAGAAAACAACCAGGGUAUCUUUAUGUAUAUGUGCCACGCUUAUUGGCUGCAAAAGGGAUUGAAAGGAAUCGUCUUAUCCGCCUGAAGCGGCUGUUACCUUCUCCUGGUUGGGUAAAAAUAGCAUGGAAACUUACCGAAGAAGAAUUAUUGUCAACUACAGGCUUGGAUGCUGUAGUUUUCAUAAGGAUCAUCAUCCUCUGUUUGAAAAUAUUUACUUUCGCUGGGAUUAUAGGCCUCUUUAUUCUUCUUCCAAUCAAUUGUUCUGGGACGCAGCUUGCAGCAUUCGAUAUUACUGUCAUCUCCAAUGAAACCUUGGAUUUAUUUACCAUUUCCAAUGUUAACAAUGGGUCUAAAUGGUUGUGGGCCCACUGUUCUGCUGUAUACUUGAUUACUGGCUUUGUCUGUUAUCUACUUUAUCAUGAAUAUGAUUACAUUUGUUCGAAGAGGAAUGCAUACUUUUAUGCAUCCAAACCUCAGCCACAUCAAUUUACAAUCUUAGUGCGUGGGAUCCCUGUAACUCCUGGGAGCAGUGUGAGUGAAAGUGUAAACAAUUUCUUUAAGGAGUAUCAUCCCACUACUUAUUUGUCUCACGUGGUGAUUCAUCGGACAAAUAAACUCUUCUAUCUUAUCAAUUUUGUGAAGAAAAUGUAUAGAAGACUAACACAUAGACAAUCAGAAUCUGCCAAAGAAUAUUCCAGGCAUAUUGGUUCGUUUGGAUUGCACAAAUCUGAUCUUGAGCAGAAGCUGGUGGAUUUAGAAGAAAAUCUGAGAGCAAAGCAGUCGGAUGAUUCUUUAUCUGGGCAAGAAGUACGUUCUGCUUUUGUAUUCUUCAGAUCUAGAUUUGGUGCUGCAAUUGCUUCACGUUUACAGCAAUCUGAAAAACCUACAGAAUGGGUUACGGAGCAAGCUCCUGAGCCAAAUGAUGUGUACUGGCCAUUUUUCCAAUCAACAUUCUUGCAUAGAUGGAUGUCUAGAGUGGUGAUAAUAAUCACAAGCAUACUUCUUACUGUUCUGUUUCUCAUACCAGUUGUGCUUGUGCAAAGUCUUGCCAAUCUGUCCCAACUGGAGGUCUGGUUUCCCUCCCUGAAAGACUUUUUGACUGCAAAAAUGGUACGUCAAAUAGUUACAGGCUAUCUACCAAACCUUAUUCUCCAAAUAUUUGUAAAACUGGUGCCUCCUGUCAUGGAGUUCCUUUCAUCAAUUCAAGGACAUAUAUCCUACAGUGAGAUACAAAGAAGUGCAUGUGACAAGUUCCUUUGGUUUAUUGUAUGGAACAUCUUUUUUGCUAAUGUGCUGUCUGGAUCAUUUUUCAACCUAUUUGCUGUUCUCCUUGAUCUCAAAAACAUUCCUUCACAUUUAGCAGUUUCUGUCCCAGCACAGGCAUCUUUCUUCAUUGCUUAUGUCGUCACUUCGGGAUGGACAAGCACAACAGCUGAUCUCUUUCGAAUUAUUCAACUGAUCCAAAGCUUAUUUCGAAAGUGCUGCUGCUGUAACAGAACACCUUCAAUUGAAUUUGACCUUCCAUAUAUAUAUUAUCACAGGGAGAUCCCCAAGAUUCUAUUUUUUGGACUUUUGGGCAUCACAUACUUUUUCCUGGCUCCGCUCAUUUUGCCUUUCUUGUUGGUCUACUUCCUCCUUGCAUAUGUAAUUUACAAAAAUCAGUUUAUACAUGUAUAUGCUCCAAAGUUUGAAACUGCUGGAAGAUUUUGGCCUACCGUUCAUAACUGCAUGAUCUUUUCACUUGUACUGAUGCAUGCUAUUGCUCUGGGCAUCUUUACAGUGAAGAAACUUUCAUCCGCGUCAUCACUAAUUUUCCCUCUUCCUGUACUUACGCUUCUGUUUAAUGAGUAUUGCCGGAAACGCUUUCUACCAAAUUUUUCCAUAUAUUCUGCUGAGACCUUGAUAAAGAAGGACAGAGAAGAUUUAAGUGAUCCACAAAUGCCGCAGUUCUUUACUGAGCUGAUUACUGCCUACAUGGACCCUGCAUUAUCUCCUUUGCAGUGCUCAAAUUCUGGUUGUCAUAGAGUUCCUAGUUUCUCUGAUAUCUCCAAUGAUCAUAUAACUCCGCUCCUCUCUCUUGAUUAAGUACUCGUACAAAGUAUGAUCGUGUUUUCGGCUUGCAAAUUGUGUAUUCAUUCUUAUCAGCAAUCUCACAACAACGAAUGGGUUUUCCUCCCAAUCUUGGCCUUCUCCAGCAGAAAGGAGAUGCUCCAUUCUUAUACAUGUAUAAAUAUACCAUUGCGUUUCUGCUUGUGUAUAAUAUUUGCCCAUGAAGCCAGGCUCGUGUGUGGAGGCAAUGCUGCGUGCCUGCGUGAGCCGCUGAAACUUUGUUAUUGUAUUCAUUGUAGCGAUGUUUAGGAUAUUUUAGCUGAUGAUAUAGAGAAAAACAAAACAAGAGCGAGGGGAGCUCACUGGGUCACAAGGUGAGCUAGGUUGUAUACUUGUGUUGAUAGAGCGCAUUGUUAUACUUUACAUUGUCGACCAUAUUGUUCAUUAAUUUGCUGCAAAUUAAACAAACCAUGUAUUCUUGUUGUAUAGAAAAAAUUGAUCUAUUUGGUUAUGUAAUAUGUUUAUGAUGUACUUCUAA